AUGCCUUCACUCUCAUCCACCCCCUCAACAACGCUCUCAUCCGUCUACCUCCACCCCACCCCUCAAUCCAUCCUCACCUCCCUCGAUGCCCAAUUCACACUCCCCCCCGCCCUCCUCACGGACCUCACACACGCGUUCCUCCGCGAGAUCAACCUGGGGCUCAAAGCGUACGGAGAGGACAUGGCUAUGGUCCCCUCAUUCAUCACCGGCGUCCCCGACGGCUCCGAAACCGGCACCUUCCUCGCCCUCGAUCUCGGGGGGACCAACCUCCGCGUGUGCCAGGUCACGCUCAACGGCGAUAAAACGUUCAAACUCCGACAACAGAAAUAUAAAGUCUCGGAGGGGUUGAAGACGGGUGAAGCGGGGGUGUUGUUUGAUUAUUUGGCGGAUUCGGUGGAUGCGUUUCUUACGAUGCAUCCUCCGGAGUCUCCUCCUCUUUCUCCUUUGGACCCUUCUCCUACCUCCCCUUUGGACGUCCUCCCCCUCGGCCUAACCUUCUCCUUCCCCGUCGAACAAACCGCCUUGGGCGCAGGCACCAUCCUCACCUGGACCAAAGGCUUCUCCGCGAAAAACGCCAUCGGCCACGACGUCGUGCGUCUCCUCCAAGACGCGUUCGAUAGGAAACAUUUACAUGUGAGAUGCGUGGCGUUGGUUAAUGAUACUGUAGGCGCGAUGCUGUCGAGAGCGUAUACCUCUGGAGGGUGUAUACUUGGUGCGAUUUUUGGAACGGGGACUAAUGGGGCGUAUUUGGAGAGAGUUGAGAACAUCCCGAAAUUAACUCUCGCCAACCCUUCUUUCACCGAGAACACUGAAAACACAGGAUACAUGGUGGUAAACACCGAAUGGGGGGCGUUUAAUAAUACCCGCACCCACCUCCCCUACACCCCCUUCGACACCGCCCUCGACCGCACCUCCAUCAACCCCCGCGCCCAGGCAUUCGAGAAGUUUAUUUCUGGGAUGUACCUCGGGGAGCUGACGAGGGGGGUGUUGGUGGCGUUGGUGGAUGCUAAUAAAACACCACCAACACGACGCACAAAAACCCACUCCCUCCUAUUCAACGGCAUCUCCACACGUGUAUUGAAUGAGAAAUGGGCCCUGGACACGAGCGUGAUGAGUGAGGUCGAGGAGGCGUGGGAGGCUGUUGACGCUAACGAUAGUGGUGGGUUGCCGGAUUGGGAGUUUUUGUCGGGUUUUGAUUUCACUCCUACCUCUACCACCCCAACUACCACAAAUCCCUCAACCACGGCACUCGCUAACACCAACACGAAACUCCGCACCAAACUGGAACGAGUGCGCCAAGUCGUGGUGCGGAGACUGGGCUACGAGGAUGGGGAGGUGCGGUUGAGGGAUGCUGCGAUAGUCCGCUGGGUAUGCCACCUCGUCGCCCGCCGCGCCGCGCUCCUCUCCGGCGUAGCCGUCGCGGCGGUGUUGAUACAGACUGGGCGGGCGGGGGGGACGAAGAAGACGGACGAAGAAAAGAUCGGUGUUGGUGUUGAUGGGAGCCUCAUCCAACACUACCCCCACUUCGAGCGCACCAUGCGCGAGUCCCUGCGGAGCAUCGUCGGCGCCGCCGUCGAGCGGCGCGUGGAGAUCGGGUUGGCGAAGGAUGGGAGUGGGGUUGGUGCUGCGCUAUGUGCGCUUCAAGCGCUGAAACAACAACAACAACCGCAACCGCAAUAA